AUGACUUUUGGUCAAAAUGCAAAUAUAACCGCCGAAAAUAAUGUGAUCACUUUGAAUGAUUCCGACGAAGAAACGGAAGACAGCAAUCCAUUAAGUACAAGUAGUUCCAGUGCCUCCUUGAAUCUGUGUAUGGCCUGCGGAUCCGAAAAAGCCUCCCACCACUAUGGAGCUCUCAGCUGUGUCGGAUGUAAAGGAUUUUUCCGUCGAGCACUUCUCAAGGCGGAUCAGUUGGAAUGUGCGGCGAACGCAGAGUGUACAGUUAGUGUUUUGCGUGAGUUUAAGCAUUGA